AAGGGCUGAUUAAGGGUUAAACUCAGUCAGACGCGACACUGAAAUCCGAUACAGUUCUUGAUGAGUUAGACUUGUUGUAAUAGAGAGCUUGUUACCACUGUGUUUUAUGACUAUCAUUUCCACAGGUAGGUUUCUUGUCCUGAUAACAUUUCGGCACGAGCCUGUCAGCGGUAGUGAAAGCUCAUGCGCUGCUGCACCGUCCCGUGCUCAACGCACUGCGUCAUGGCGACAGCGGGGAAGAAGGAGUUACGCAUUCCUUAAUCGGACUUUUGGGAAUAUUACGCCGGCAGUCAGCGGACACAUGUGUAAGUCGUUUUUAGUCCGUGUUGUUCAAACAGAUGUCGGAGUAUUUCGUCUUCUGAGGAUUUUUCCUGUUGCGGUCUUACCUGUGCAGCCAGUAUGGUGGAUUACAGCGUUCCUGAUGUACCAGAAACCCUAGUCACAAAGAGAGGUGGCCGUUUUAAAAUGGAGGAGCUCGCUCUAUUGGCCUUGCUGAAAUGUCCUCUGUGUUUGGAGCAGCUGGAUGUGUCCGCCAAGGUCCUGCCCUGCCAGCACACUUUCUGUAUGUCCUGUCUGCAGGAGCAGGAGGCAGCCAACUCCCAGCUGCUCUGCCCAGAGUGUCUCGCCCCUGUCCCAGCCAGGACAGUGGAGGAACUCCCUGCAAACAUCCUGCUAGUGCGGCUCCUGGAAGGGAUCCAGGGGUUCAAGGGGCCCGGCAGGCAGACAGCCCACGACGCAGUGGCCUUGGCCAGGGGCGUCAUGACAGUCAGGGAGGGUCAGCAGCAGCAGGAGAGCCAACAGAGAGGGCAGCAAGGGCACAAUGAGGUUGCUGUCCGAGCUUCAACACGUUACCAACAAGGAGAUUCACCGGUGCUCACGCCCUGUAAUAGUAUCACGCUGAAAUACAAAGUGGAUGAAGGCUGGCAUCACGGAAACGCCGGUGACAGUAGCGGCGCGUCUGUCACUGCUAGCACGCCGCAGGCCGUCAGCCAGAUGCCUCAGCUGCAGCCCCUCCAGCAGUCCCAACCACCGGCUCUCUGCAGAGCGCUGUACGACUUUAAUCCUGAAGAAAUGAAUCUAGAAGACAGUAAAUAUUGUCUCAGCUUCCUGAAGGGAGACAUCCUUACUGUCAUCAGACGGGUGGAUGAACACUGGAUUGAAGCCAAGCUAGGGGACAAAGUUGGAAUUUGCCCUUUGCAGUUUACUGAGCUCUAUAUUUCAUGUUGCCUCCUGCUCCUCUCUCAGCGCCAGUCAACACUUCCUGGCUUAUUGGCUGGUACUUAUCCUCCUGUCUGUCUGCCUGCCUACCUGCCUGUCCAACAAGUUGUAGGGCCAAACUCAGUGACUGUCAAACUGCUAGAGGGAAAGAGUCGGAGGGGGGGUGACUCAGCAGAAUUUCACCAUCGGACCGGGAGCGGGGGCAAAGACAAGGCCACUGACGCAUCCAACAGGACCACCCAUUACAGAGUCCCUCAAGUUCCAGCAAAGACACCCAUCAUCAAUGCUUUGCCUCUCUCCAACCAGAGGAAACAGCCCGGAGCCAGCAGCAUCAACUUUCAUCAGACGGUCAAAAGAGAGUCGACCAAAAUCAGCAGUUUCAACAGCUCCAACCGUCAGGGUCACACACACCGGCUCUCUUUGCCCUCUGCCGCCCGGGGACACGCUCACCCCUCCAGAGUGAACUAUCAGCGCAUUAGACGCCACUCUGACAACACACACAGACACCUGUUACAGAGUGAGAAGAAGAUGACCAGUGAGACUCCACCCAACAUCUCUAUGGCUCUCGUGAACCCCCAGAUGUCCUCUGCCCCUGCAGACAGCAAAAAUUCCUCCACGCAGCAGCUGUCAAUCAGUGUGUGUGCUGUCCUGUACUCCUAUAAACCACGACGCCCAGAGGAGCUGGAGCUGAGGAAAGGAGAGAUGGUGGGAGUCUACGGAAAGUUCAAAGAAGGCUGGCUGCGUGGGUUAUCUCUUAGAACGGGCAAAGUAGGCAUUCUGCCCAGCAACUACGUCACUCCUGUGCUCAGAACAUCGGCCAGACUUCUGGAGACCAAAGCAGCUAAUGCGUCCGUACAGUAUAACACAGUCUCUGGAAAGAAACCCACAGCUUCCAAGAAUCCUGCUGUGGUCCUUGCUCUUGAUCGGGUAAACGCUGAUGGAGCGAUAUACUCAACAGGACAGGUCCCAUCUGUGCCAAAUGGAGCACAGCACGCAAUGACAUCCACUGGCGCUGGAAAAUCGUCCUUCUGUGGGGGUUCACAAGGUUGGGACACCGUGAGGCGCAUCUUUAACCCACAUAGAAGCUCAAACACGUUCUCUCACUCGUCCAAUUUGAAUGUCCCGUCCAACUUUGCACAAGUUCAGGCGUCCGGCUACUCACCUGCCCUGCAGAGGAAGAAAAACAGUGGCAUCCUUCCCAACUCUGGCAGACCACUGCGCUGGAUGACUGAGUCAGCAGCGCCCUCUGCUGCUUCAGUCCUGAAGGACAAGGACUUCAUCACUUCUCAUGAGGCAGCAUUUCACCAUGUUAGACAGCCCUCUAAUGGCCCUCACUCAAUUCUGGUUAGACCUGACUCACACAAGAACAAUACAGAUAAGCCUGCAAAGUCAGUGCGGUUCCUAACAGAUGAAGACUCCCCUCCUCCAAGACUUCGGACCUCCUCCUGGUCCUCGGGAAGUCAGGUUCCCUCUAACAGCCGGCCUGGCCCCCCUCCGCUAGAAGUGUGGGCUCCAUCACUCACCCUGGGAAGAGACGGACCAGGAAUCAUUCUUAAAGAAGGAAAAGCUCCUAUUCUCAGGAAAGGCCUUGAAACAGCCAUCACGGACCUGAAUUCUAACCCCCAAAAACCAAUAUCAUCAUCCCAGCCGUCGCUCUCAGCCGUGUCAGCUCAGUUCAGCCCCAGCAGACACAGAGUGACCACAACGCAUUUAGCCCAGACAGACUCUGAACUCAGUCUGCUUCAAGGAGAGUUCGUCCUUGUCCACAGACCUCGACCCGACAGACGAGUUCUGGUUACUCAGGAGAGCAGCGGCCACACAGGCUUAUUUCACAGUAGUGUUCUUCAAGCCCUGGAGAGGCUCAGCUGACUGUGUAGUGUUACUGUAGUAGUAUAUUUCUAUUUUCCCUGUGUUCAAAACUGCCAAAUGACUUGACUGACCUGCUGAACAACAGGAUGUGUGUUAAGGUCCAAAGGUUAAUACUGCCAAAUGACAAUCCUAUGAAGAAAGUGUUUAUUUUUGUCCUGAGUGCAUGUGAGAGUGUGAUUAAAUCUCCAGAGAUUGAGUCCUUCAAUGUAUGUGCAUGUAUGUUACACAUGUACGAAUAUAAGAUUUUGCACAAAAAUCCACCUAAUGGCUGUUCCCUGUUCAAACCCAUGUUACACGCAUUGGUGAGUGCCUUUGUCAAAACCCACAAAGAAAACAAACUAUAUUUAACUAUAUUUAGAGAAAUUAUAAGGUAAAAUAUCUGUACUGCUUAUGUGGUAAUAAACUAUACUUCCAGAACAUUA